CUCUCUCUCUCUCUCUCUCUCUCUCCCUCCCAACACUUUAUCUUUUUCGUAUCAAAUUUGCGGUGAAUUCUCAACCCAAACGAUCAAAUAUGUGCACCCAAUUCGAUUUUCUGUGUAAUUUGCAGUAAUUGUAUCUCAAAUGCCCCAUGUUUUUUAACGCAAUUUGAUCCAGUUUCUUUUGGGGUUGGGGUUCUGAAACAGCUUAAACCCAUUUCAAUUUGCUGAAUUUUUUUUGUUUUCUUUUAAUUUAACCCACGUAAAUGGCCACCAGAGGGAGCAGAUCGGAGAAGGUACGAAGGAUUUUCCAGCAAUUUGAUUUCAACAGAGAUGGUGGUCUUAAUAGGGAUGAAAUGGCCGCCCUUGUUGUUGCAGUAAACCCUAGGGUUAAAUUUAGCGACGAGCAAAUCAGCGCCAUCCUCGACGAGGUUUUCCGUACGUACAGCGAGUUCAUCGACGGCGAAACGGGUCUGACAUACGACGGUCUAUUGCGGACGUACGACGACGGUGCCGGUGACGUCGACCGUGAUUUCGAGGCAUUAGGGCUUGAAUUAAAACCCGACGAUGAUAAUGAAGUUACUUCUUCAUUGGCAUUGGAAGAAGCCUCCACCUCAUCGGUCAUGGAGCGGGCGUCUUCGGCGGGUCCACCGCAGAACCGACGUACGGCCGCCUGGGCAGCCUCCCCUAACCACGGAAUCAUCUUCGACGACACGUGGAAACUCGUCGACGAUUUGGAAAUUCUGAUCAAGAGGUUAAAAGCAAAGCAAACGAAAGACGGCAAAACCAAAGGGGAGAAUUUCGAUGCGUAUUCUGAUCCAGGGUGGUCUCGAGAGCUCGGACCAUCUUCCGAGCUCGAUAAACGGAUCGUUUGGGAAGAAAAUAGCCAUGAUUAUGCUCUAUUCGUGAAAGAAUUAGGGUCUCUAAGGUCCAGAGCAGAUGGGUCAAGAUCAAGAGAAGAAGCAUUCGAUGGGCAUAUGGCUCUUGGUCGAGUUCUAUACGACCAACAAUUAUUCAAAGAAUCAUUGGUUUGUUUCAAACGAGCCUGUGAAUUACAACCAACCGACGUCAGACCCCAUUUCCGGGCCGGAAACUGCUAUUAUGUCAUCGGCCGGCACAGUGAGGCCAAAAGUGAGUUCAUAUCUGCUUUAGAUGCAGCCGAAGCUGGAGGUAACCAAUGGGCUUAUUUGCUUCCUCAAAUUCAUGUGAAUCUUGGGAUUUCUUUAGAAGGUGAAGGUAUGGUUAUAAGUGCUUGUGAACAUUACAGAGAGGCUGCAAUUCUUUGCCCAACUCAUUUUCGAGCUUUAAAGCUUUUGGGUAGUGCUCUAUUUGGUGUAGGAGAGUAUAAAGCUGCUGUAAAAGCUUUAGAAGAAGCCAUUUACAUGAAAAACGAUUAUGCAGAUGCCCAUUGUGACUUAGCUUCAGCUCUGCACGCCAUUGGAGACGAUGAGAAUGCCAUCAAGGAGUUUCAGAAAGCCAUUGAUUUGAAGCCUGGUCAUGUGGAUGCUUUAUAUAAUCUUGGUGGUCUUUAUAUGGAUAUGGGCAGGUAUCAAAGAGCUUCAGAAGUGUACACAAGGGUAUUAGGAGUGUGGCCUAACCAUUGGAGAGCUCAGCUUAAUAAGGCAGUUUCUUUAUUAGGUGCUGGAGAAACUGAAGAAGCUAAAAAGGCUCUAAAAGAGGCUUUGAAAAUGACCAACAGGAUUGAAUUGUAUGAUGCCAUUGGUCACUUGAAACAGCUUCAUAAGAAGAAACUGAAGGGAAAUGGAAGUGGAAAAGGGAAUGGGGAUGAUUCGUUUAUAAUCGUUGAAUCGCUGAAGUUUAAAACCGUUGGUGAUAAGACCACAUUAAGGCAAGAACUCGCUACAGCUCUCGAUAUUCGGACUUUCCAAAGAACCACGAGGCUAAUCCGCUGUGAUGUUGAACUUCUCAAGAAGGAGAUGAACGAAAACGAGACUCCAUUAACUUAUUCGGGCAACGGCUUCCCUGAGAAAUCUAUCCGUAAAGCUUCUUUAGAGGGUGUUCUUCGAAGAUUACUCGGUUUCUUGAAGCCUGAAACUUUCGUUGGAGCUGUCAAAGCUAUAAACCUCAAAAUCCUCACGGUUUUAGAUGAAUCAGAAUCCGGGAGGGUCGACUUGGGGAUGUUUUUCGCGAUGAUAGCUCCAAUAUGUGGUGGCACACCAGAAAAACGAAAAAGGGUUGCAUUCGAUUCCCUUCUCUGGCGACCAGUAAACGACCACGGCGUUAACGGCCAGAUCAGAAAGAUCGAUGCUUUGCGUUAUAUAAAGUUAUUAAGAGCAAUCUACAUUCCAUCUCAAGGUGCAAGUGAGCUGCUCGAAAUCCACAGAGACCCCGAUAACUCAACAAUCUCAUUCACAGAAUUUCUUGCUCUUUUUGACGACCCCGAUUGGGGCUUUGGCAUCAUGUCGACUCUUAUGAAGCUUGAAACCACAGACAGAAACCGGCACGGAAAACAUUCUUGCGCCGUCUGCCGCUACCCGAUCAUCGGGUCCCGGUUCAAGGAAAUGAAAUCGCAAUUUAGCCUCUGUGGUCAAUGUUAUAGUGAAGGAAAAGUGCCUCCAAGUUUCAAACAGGAUGAGUAUCAAUUCAAAGAGUAUGCAAAAGAGAGUGAAGCAGUGAAAGACAAGUGUAUGUGGUUUAGUUUGCAUCCUGCUAAAAGCUCAUCAGGUACAACAACAACAACAACUACUGCAACUACAACUACAACAACUAGUGGUACUAAUUUGUAGCGUUGAUUCCAUUGGCCAUAUAUAUAUUCUUUAAGUGGGUUUGGUGUGUGAUAUAUAGAGGUGGCAAAUAUGUUGAUAAAGCUAAUAAAAUGGCGAUAAAUAGCCCCUGAAUUCUUUGUUUAACCACCAGCUUCAUCAAGAUGUAUUCUGUGUGUCCUUGUACUCCCUGUUUUUGACCCCAUAUGUAUGAUACCGCAUCAUUCAAUCUC